AUGCAUCAGCAACACUCCAAAUCAGAGAACAAACCACAACAGCAAAGGAAAAAAUUCGAAGGCCCUAAAAGAGAAGCUAUUCUGGAUUUAGCGAAGUAUAAAGAUUCUAAAAUUCGCGUCAAAUUAAUGGGUGGUAAAUUAGUUAUAGGUGUCCUAAAAGGCUAUGAUCAACUGAUGAACUUGGUACUUGAUGAUACAGUAGAAUAUAUGUCUAAUCCUGAUGAUGAAAACAACACUGAACUGAUUUCUAAAAACGCAAGAAAGCUAGGUUUGACCGUCAUAAGAGGUACUAUUUUGGUCUCUUUAAGUUCCGCCGAAGGUUCUGAUGUACUAUAUAUGCAAAAAUAG